AUGUCAAACAGCAACACAACACAGGAGUCUCUGGAAAUAAUGAAGGAGUCUGAAAAGAAGGUGGUCGAGGAAUCUGUGAACAAAACCAAAUAUGCAUCCAGGUCACCAAGCAAGGAGGAGGUGGAGAAGGAUGUUGGGGAGGAGGUCAGCGUGCGCCAGGAAUCUCAGAGGCGAACUUCAAGUCACGGACACGCCAGAAAAAGAGCCAAGUCUAAUUCAAAGCUUAAACUGGUCAGGAGUUUGGCUGUAUGUGAAGAAUCGUCUAGCCCCUUUGUAGAUGGGCUGCUGGAGUCCCAGGACAUCAUUCAGUUGCACGUUAGCUGCCCCUCUGACAAGGAAGAGGAAAAGUCAACGAAAGAUGGGGCUGAGAAAGAAGAAAAAGACAAGAAUAAAGAAAAGACACCAAGGAAAAUGCUUUCUCGAGAUUCCAGCCAGGAAUAUACAGACUCCACUGGAAUAGAUUUGCAUGAAUUUUUAGUAAAUACACUGAAAAAAAACCCACGGGACAGAAUGAUGCUGCUAAAGUUAGAACAGGAGAUUCUGGAAUUUAUUAGUGAUAACAACAAUCAGUUUAAGAAGUUCCCUCAGAUGACCUCGUACCAUAGGAUGCUGCUGCACCGGGUGGCUGCCUACUUCGGCAUGGACCAUAACGUUGACCAAACCGGGAAGGCGGUCAUUAUCAACAAGACCAGUAAUACACGAAUCCCUGAGCAGAGGUUCUCUGAGCACAUCAAAGACGAGAAGAAUGCAGAGUUCCCACAGAGGUUUAUCCUAAAACGAGACGAUACCAGCAUGGACCGAGAUGAUAAUCAGACUGGCCAGAAUGGAUAUCUCACCGACAGCAGAAUCUCCAAAGAAGGCUUUUCUUCUAGUUCUCACAAACGGAGGCAGAUUUUUAGGGGCAACCCGGACAGCUUGAACCGGGCCUCAGGCAGCCGCCAGAGCAGCACAGAGAGCGAGAUAAAGGCGCUGGAGCCUCGGCCGUGGAGCAGCACAGACUCGGAUGGCUCCAGCCGCAGCCUGCGACCACCUGUUACCAAAGCCAGCAGCUUCAGUGGCAUCUCCAUCCUGACACGCGGGGACAGCGUCGGGAGUAGCAAAGGCAGCACUGCCAGCAGAACAUCCCGGGCAGGUUUGGUACUAGGCGCCCCUGAAGCGUGCACCCAGUCCCCUUCUUCACAGCCCAGCCGUGGCCUCCUACCUUGCACAGCCCAGCAGCCUCAACCGCAGCCACCCCAACAGCCACCACCGCAGCCCCAAGGACUUCCACCUGCAGCCCAGCAGCAGCCAGCCAUGAGUAACCACAUGAUAUCCCAGGCUGAUGAACUCAGCAACCCCUUUGGGCAGAUCAGCCUCAGCCGACAGGGCUCUACGGAAGCAGCGGAUCCUUCCUCGGCUAUGUUCCAGUCAUCCCUCAUCUCCCAGCAGACAGGAUUCAUCAUGGCAACCCCUGGGCAGCCCAUUCCAACCUCCAACUACUCCGCCUCAGGGCACACGGCCCCCACACAGCAGGUGCUGCAGCCCCAGGGCUACAUUCAGCCUCCCCAGCAAAUUCAGGUUUCUUACUACCCUGCGGGACAGUACCCAAACUCCAGCCAGCAAUACCGAUCUCUCAGUCACCCAGUGGCCUACAGCUCCCAGCGCCCUCAGCAGCUCCCCCAGCAGUCCCAGCAGCCUGGUUUACAGCCAAUGAUGUCCAACCAGCAGCAAACAUACCAAGGUGUAAUGGGAGUGCAGCAGGCACAGCCCUCUGGACUCCUCAACAGCCAGAGGAACAGCAUGGGGGGCCAGAUGCAGAGCCUGAUGGUCCAGUACACUCCACUGCCUUCAUACCAGGUUCCCGUGGCCAAUGAGUCCCAGAGUGUGGUCCAGCAGCCCUUCCAGCAGCCAGUGCUUGUACCAGCCAGCCAGUCUGUUCAGGGGGGGCUUCAGACUGGAGGGGUACCCAUCUACUACAGCGUCAUCCCAACUGCCCAGCAGAACGGCACCAGCCCUUCGGUGGGGUUCCUUCAGCCACCUGGCUCUGAGCAGUAUCAGAUGCCACAGUCCCCAUCACCCUGCAGCCCGCCUCAGAUGCAGCAGCAGUAUUCAGGGGUGUCUCCGUCAGGCCCUGGCGUGGUUGUGAUGCAGCUGAACGUACCCAAUGGCCCCCAGGCCCCCCAGAAUGCCCCUGUGGUGCAGUGGAGCCACUGUAAGUACUACAGCCUGGACCAGCGGGGGCAGAAGCCAGGAGACCUGUACAACCCAGACACCAGUGCUCAGGCCAGCACCCAGCUGAACAGUCCCAUCACGUCCCCAACCCAAUCCCCAACACCAUCUCCUGUCACCAACCUCAACAGUGUCUGCACGGGGCUGAGCCCCCUCCCUGUCCUCACACAGUUCCCCCGGCCUAUGGGCCCAGCACAAGGUGAUGGGCGGUACUCAUUGCUGGGCCAGCCGCUGCAGUAUAAUCUGUCCAUCUGUCCCCCGCCACUGCUCCACAACCAGCCCAACUACAAUGCACACCAGGGGCAGGCUGGGAUGAAACAUGGAAACCGGAGCAAGAGACAGGCCCUCAAGUCCGCAUCCACUGACCUUGGGACAAGUGAUGUAGUGCUAGGCCGAGUGCUGGAGGUGACAGACCUGCCCGAGGGCAUCACACGGACGGAGGCUGACAAGCUCUUCACCCAGCUCGCCAUGGCUGGUGCCAAAAUCCAGUGGCUCAAAGAGACUCAGGGGCGCCGUGGAGAUGGGGGCGGCGGGGGCAACAGUGGGACUCCGGAGAACGGCAGGCACAGUGACCUUGCUGCCUUAUACACCAUCGUGGCCGUGUUCCCCAGCCCACUGGCUGCCCAGAAUGCCUCCCUCCGCCUCAACAACUCCCUGAGCCGCUUCAAGCUGCGUGUGGCCAAAAAGAACUACGACUUGCGGGUGCUGGAGCGUGCCAGCUCACAGUAG